CCUCACUUGCGCAUCUCGAUGUUCGCGACCUGAGGUUAUUCAGACUUGCAGCCCCACUAUCCUCUCUGCAGGUCACGUUAUUUUCAGCGACUAGUCCCCAAACUGCGCCCAAUAGCCCAAUUCGACCAUUCUAUUUCCGAUCACAACCCGACUGGGCAGUUCAUUGGAUGAAAAAGCAACGAAUAGUCAAUUCAGUUAAUUGUUUGUUCGCCAUUCGCUUCAACGUGCGACAACAAUAACAUCAGCGAACAACCAAUCCAAUCCAUUCACCACAUUCGAUUGAAGGCGAAUUGACCUAUUCAGUUUCACUUGGCUAAAGUUCCCAUGCUGGAUUUUUGUCCUCUCAAUUAAUUGCGACAUACCCACUCAAAACUACACCCAACACAAGCACCGAAUACCUGACCGGCUUGGGGGAUGACCAUGGCCGCACCCGGGGAUGUUCCGAUGCAAGAGCGAUACAGCUCCUCACCAGAUCUAUCAGAUCCCCCCUCUGGUCUCUCGGCACCCGCAUCGCCCAUAGGCUACGGCAGUAAUGGUGGAGACAAACCUGGUCGCCAGUUGGACGAGAUAGUUGUCGACCACUCGAACUUCCGGUUUGACGUGUCGGGCCAGCCGGUUUUGACCAAGGAUGGAGUUCCGCGCAGGAAGCCUGGUCCUAAACCGGGCACGAAGCUCAAGCGCAACUCAAAUCCUGACGGAUCUUCUGCCGACAGCGUCAAGGCUAGGAAGCCGCGCAAGCCCAGGGACCCCAAUGCACCACCCCGAAAGCGAAAGCUGGCAUCGUCUGCCGAUGGUGAAAUGAGCGACUCCAACACGCGGUCCAAGGCCACUUCCGCCUCAAGUCGUCAGAGCAUGCCGAGUAUUCUCAACGCCGACCCAGAACCGCAACCACGACCCAGCGCGCCUUCUCGAACUAGUGGAACAAAUUAUGAUCCUAUCAGGUCUAAUUACGAUCCUGUUCGCGAGACUAUGGUGACACACAGCUACUCGAAUCCCAUGACAUCGCCCCGAGCACCCACCAAUGUCGUCAACCGUGCCAGCGCAUCGCCCUCUAUCGCGAGUCUUGUCGAUCCUCCUGCGAGUGUACAGAACAUUAUCUCCCCUGCCCCCUCUCACACAACCUUUGCGCAGAGCAAUACGCAUCGACAGCCGUCGCAUCCUGCCCCGCAUCAGGAAACCAGCUCAAUGCCAGCGUCGCCGAAUCCCUUCCGGAAGGAGUUCGCCCCGCCGCCGAAGCCGGCGAUCGUGGAGACGAAGAAGCCAACCCCUACGCCUUCGUUGCCUACCAGGGCGCAAAUCUCGAUCCGCCCCGACUCCAUCACUACAAUUGGCGCUGGCUCCAAACGCACUCCUCCGAAGAACCACAGCACCACGUCGUCGUCGCCCAGGGCGGGGGCACAGAAUGAGGCACUCGCGCCUAUUUCCGGCGGAGCUGAGCGAUCGAUUCUCGACUUUGGCAAGGCAGAGCCGGGCUCGGAACUAACUGUGCCCUCAAUCACCCUUAACAUUCCGCUCAAUGGCGAGACGAACAAGUACGUCAACUUCAUGCGCAUGGCUGAGGAACGAUAUGGCUGGGAUGCUCUGCACCCGCGUCAGGCUGAGCACCGGGCACGGAAGGCACGUAUCGCGGCAGCUUCAGCCGCCUUGGCGCAGAAUGAUUCCAGCCGCGAGGGAGAUGAGAUGAGCGUGGACGAGUCCGACAACGAGGACAGCAAUCCUGGCGAUAAGAUCAAGAAGAAGAAGCGCCAUUUCAAAGAAGAUGAGUACGACAAGGAGGACGACUUUGUCGAUGACUCUGAGAUGUUGUGGGAGGAGCAAGCUGCUGCCAGUCGUGAUGGCUUCUUCGUGUACUCGGGUCCCCUGGUUCCCGAGGUCGAGAAGCCCGAACCCGGACGUGGCGAUGGCGUCCCAAGACGCGGCCGAGGCUCCCGUGGUGGACGUGGAUCCGGACGAGGUACUGGAUCGACCCGAGGCACAGGCCGUGGUGGCGGUCCGGGUUCCCGCGGUGGUGUUGUUAGGAAGCCUCGUAUGACCAAGGCUGACAAGGCCCAAAUGGAUCGUGAGAAGGCUGAGCGUGAAGCUGCAUUCCUGAAGUCGACCAGUGGUGCGGCGGCCAACUACAAUGUUUUGCAUCCUGGCAGUCCUCAGUUCGCUGGCUUGUAA